CUUACUCUCUAGUUAGAUAUAAUGGGUUUGUUUGGUUUGGUUCGUAGAGAUAUAAGAGCAAACCACUAGCUGAGAAUGCAUGCUGUUUUUAAACCUCCAAAACUUCAUUAUCUGUUCAUUGCAUAUGAUGUGGUUUCUCUUUGCAGCUUGGAGUUUUACUAGACAGGAGGAUUUCCUUCUACAUUCUUCCAGCUCUCUCAUUUGUGUUACUGUACUCAAAACUGCCACACAAGGAGCUCCGUUUCAUUAUCAGUUCCAUUCCAAUCUUCAACUUAUCAGCAGCAAUUGCAGCUAGCAGAUUGUAUAAUAACAGGAGGAAGAGGUUCUGGAAUCUUCUUUAUAUUGGUUUGCUGGGAUUGAUUUUGGGGAGCGUAGGAUGCACGCUGAUUUUUUUCAUGGCAUCAUAUGAGAACUAUCCUAGUGGUUAUGCUCUAAAAGCCUUGCACGGUAACAUGUUGAACAAUCUAAAUGAAGUCCAUGUUCAUAUUGACACAUUCUCAGCAAUAAAUGGAAUUUCCCGAUUCGGUGAAAAUGAUUAUCCUUGGAGGUACUCUAAAGAGGAAGGCAUUUCUUUGGAAGAGUUUCAGAAUCAAAAUUUCACAUUUCUUUUGAGCGAGCGCUCUGACAUCAAGGGCUUCAAGUGUCUAUUCACUGUAAAUGGAUUCUCACGAGUUCGCCUUCAAAGCCAGUUUCCACCUAUAUCACUGGAAAAGGAACCAAAGGUAUUUGUUCAUGGUAGUAUAAGAAAUGCAGAAAUCAUGGAUAGAAGUUGGCCUCAGUGCAAUGCUAUAUCUUGAGAGAUCAUUCUAAUAGUUUUUAUAUUGAGAAAUACAACUACUAAAGAAGCACACUCUCUUUGUUCCAUAGAAAGAGUAUACUUUAAAAUGAUUUACCAGUCUGUUUUUUAAUCUCAGUAAAUUACAACUUUUAGA